AUGUUAGGUGUCGAGGUAGAGGCGCACCAGCUCGCGCUCGGCGGCCGGCAGGCGCGUGACGGGGCAGGUGUCGCGAGAUGCACGCGUGUGUUAGGUGUCGAGGUAGAGGCGCACCAGCUCGCGCUCGGCGGCCGGCAGGCGCGUGACGGGGCAGGUGUCGCGAGAUGCACGCGUGUGUUAGGUGUCGAGGUAGAGGCGCACCAGCUCGCGCUCGGCGGCCGGCAGGCGCGUGACGGGGCAGGUGUCGCGAGAUGCACGCGUGUGUUAGGUGUCGAGGUAGAGGCGCACCAGCUCGCGCUCGGCGGCCGGCAGGCGCGUGACGGGGCAGGUGUCGCGAGAUGCACGCGUGUGUUAGGUGUCGAGGUAGAGGCGCACCAGCUCGCGCUCGGCGGCCGGCAGGCGCGUGACGGGGCAGGUGUCGCGAGAUGCACGCGUGUGUUAGGUGUCGAGGUAGAGGCGCACCAGCUCGCGCUCGGCGGCCGGCAGGCGCGUGACGGGGCAGGCGCCUGCGCCGCGCAGGUGUCGCGAGAUGCACGCGUGUGUCGCGAGAUGCACGCGUGUGUUAGGUGUCGAGGUAGAGGCGUACCAGCUCGCGCUCGGCGGCCGGCAGGCGCGUGACGGGGCAGGUGUCGCGAGAUGCACG